AUGGAGUCCCAACGGUCCCAGGCCAAGGCUGUUGGGCAGCGCCUCCUCCAGGCUGAGACCCCAGGGAAGAAUGGGCUCCGGGCUGCGUCCAGCGGCCAAGGGGGAAGAGCGCUCCGCUGGUUCACCACUGUGGUCCUGAAUGCCGCCUUCCUAGGGAUGGGGGUGGGCGCUGCUGUGCUAGGACCCACAUUUCCAGACCUGGCACGAAAUGUGAACCGGAACAUCAGCAGCCUUUCGGAAAUAUUCGUGGGCCGGGCCCUUGGCUACUUGGGCGGCUCUGUGGUCGGCGGGGUGCUUUUCGACUGCAUGAAUCAUUUCUUACUUUUGGGGCUGUCAAACCUGUUCACCUCGGCUGGCUUUUACCUGAUCCCAUUUUGUAAGACAGCUGUCUUACUGACUGCCAUAAUGUCUGUCACUAGCAUCUCAUUUGGCAUUCUGGAUACAGGUGGCAAUGUUCUCAUCUUGAACCUUUGGGGGGACAAAGCAGCCCCACACAUGCAGGCCUUACACUUCAGUUUCGCCUUGGGUGCCUUCCUGUCACCCCUGCUGGCUAAAUUGGCCUGGGGUACAACAGCGUCCGCCCAGAACUACACAGAGCCCGACUUUGACCGUUCACCCUUGAACCGAUCCUCUGCAGGUACCUCAUACUCUCUGCUUGCGGUACCUGAGGACAAGAAUCUGCUGUGGACGUACGCUUCCAUCGGCACCUAUAUCCUAGUAGUUUCUGUCUUUCUGCUUGCUCCAUUCUUUAAGAAAAGCUCAAAACAGAAAAAAUCCACGGCAUCUGAUCAGGGAGCUCGAAGAGCUAAGUACCACUGGGCCCUGCUCUGUCUCCUCUUCAUCUUCUUCUUUUUUUAUGUUGGAGCCGAGGUGACCUACAGCUCUUUCCUAUUCUCCUUCGCCACCGCCCACGUUGGCAUGAAAGAAAGAGAAGCAGCCGGUUUGAACUCCAUCUUCUGGGGGACGUUUGCGGCCUGCAGGGGCCUGGCCAUUUUCUUUGCAACAUUGUUACAGCCUGGAACCAUGCUUGUGUUGUGCACCGUUGGCAGCCUUGUCUCAUCUUUGUUUCUGGUGCUUUUUGACAAGAGUCCCCUUUGUCUCUGGAUCGCGACUGCUGUGUAUGGAGCCUCAAUGGCAGCCACAUUUCCCAGUGGUAUUUCCUGGAUUGAGCAAUACACCAGCCUAAGCGGGAGAUCUACAGCAUUUAUUCUGGUGGGUGCAGGCCUGGGACUGAUGGCAACUCCUGCACUGUCUGGAAUUCUGCAAGGACUCUACCCAGAUCUACCAAUAAUUCUGUACACUUGUCUGGGGUCAGCAGUAUUCAUGACUGUUUUAAUUCCUGGGAUGUAUAAAUUAGCCACCUUACCUCAGAAGCAGAAGGAAACCGUCAACAGUGAGGACCAGAAGACUUUGCUUUGUAGCUCUGAAAUAAACAAGGAAGCUAAAUGA